AUGGGGGCUUUUGGGGGUUUGGCCUUCCUUUGGAAGGAUAUGACUAUUGAUCUAAAAUUGGUUGCUUCUACUCCCUAUUGGAUGUUGGCUUUGGUUAGAAGUCGUGUUUCGAAUAUUAAACUCUGGUUGUUUAAUGUUUAUGGUCCAAUGUCAAUCGGGGGUAAGAAAGCUCUUUGGGAUUCCUUAUCCCUCACACUAUCCCCUCUUCAUGGUCAGCUUGUGGUUUUCGGAGGAGAUUUUAAUGCCAUCUCCUUUGAUGAUGAGAAGUGUGGGGGAAUUCUUCCUAAUAAGCGUAUCUUGGAAGAUUUUUCUACUUUCAUUUUAAAUAAUGACCUGGUGGAUUUCUUGCCUUAUGUUGGCUUGGAUCAUUUUCCGGUUCUGUUAUCCAUCUUUGAUGACAAAGCCCCUAGUCAUUCUUCUUUUAAGUUUAAACCAAUGUGGUUUCGUGAUCCUUCCUUUUUAUUGAUUUUACAAUCUUGGUGGUCCGUGGCUCCAUAUGUUCAUGGUUCUAGGAUGUUUCGGUUUGCUAAAAAUCUUUCUUAUCUUAAACUAGAAAUCAAGAAAUGGAAUGUUUUGCAUUUCAAAAAUAUUUUUUCUGAGAAGGCUAAGAUUCGGGAAGAGCUUGAAGCUCUUAAUGAUAGGUUUAUGAAUGGUGGCAUGGAUUUUGCUACUUUACAUAAGCAUAAGUCUUUGAAUUCUCAGUUAGAAGAAAUCCUUUCCAAAGAAGAAAUCUACUGGCAACAAAAAUCCAAAGAUUUAUGGUUAAGUGAUGGGGAUCGAAAUACCAAAUUCUUUCAUGCCUCAACCAAGUUGAAAUGCCAACGUUGCAGGAUCUCUUCUAUUCAGAACUCUGAUGGGGUUGUUUUAACUGAAGAGCCAGAUAUUGUUAAUGAGGGUGCUCAGUUUUUUAAGUCUUUGCUUCCAGAAGAGUUAUCUGUUUUUAGUGAUAAUUUUGCCUCUUCCAUUCCUAAGCUUAUAAUAGAUGAAGAUAAUGCAAUGCUCAUGGCUCCCUUCUCCAUUCAAGAAGUCAAAGAUGUUGUCUUCUCAAUGUCACCAAAGAAGGCUCCUGGUCCUGGUGGUUUUACUACUCUCUUCUUUCAAAAAUGUUGGUCUUUUCUUGGGGAGGAUCUUCGUUUGGUUUUAGAAGAAGCUAGAUGUAAUAGGACUAUGUUAAGAGAGCUUAACUCAACUUUAAUUGCUCUUAUUCCAAAAUGUGAGAAUCCUAAGUCCUUUGUGGACUUUUGCCCAAUUGUGUUAUGCAACAUCUUAUAUAAAAUUAUUACUCAGGCUAUUUCAUUAAAACUUGCAAAUCUCAAUCCUAAAAUCAUCUCAGUUAUCUAUUCCAGCUAUGAUUCUCAAAUUGGAUAUGAUGAAGGCCCACGACAGGGUAAAUUGGCAGGCACUAUUGUCUGUGCUCACGAAAUUUGGGUUUGGAAUCAAAUGGGUCAAAUGGGUUCAGGCUUGUAUUAG